AACAAAAUAUCUCUCUGUGAUUAAAUUUUUUGGGACCCUUAAUUUUUUUUUUUUCCUUCCUCUUAUCGUUUCCCUAUAUUCUGAUAAAAAUUUCAAUUUUCCCGAGAAAUUUUCUCGAUCGACUCCACUCUCCAGAAACGAGAGCUCGUUCUUGUGUGCUGUGUAUAAUUGUUCCUCUUUUCGUCACAAUUUUUCUCGAUUUUUGGUUUUGAUCGGUGAAGAAAAAUGGGGCAACAGCAAUCGAAAGGGGAACUUCUGUUUCAGCAAGUGGGUUACGGUAACGCGGAAGGGGUUCGAGCUCUUCGUCGAGAGGGUGCAGACCUCGAGUGGAUGGAUAGAGAAGGAAAAACACCUCUGAUCUUGGCUUGCAUGAACUCGGAGUUAUACGAUGUCGCUAAAACAUUGAUUGAGCUCGGCUCCAAUGUUAAUGCUUAUCGUCCCGCUCGACAUGCGGGGACUCCUCUGCACCAUGCUGCGAAAAGGGGUCUCGAGAACACUGUUAAGCUACUUCUUUCGCACGGUGCAAAUCCACUUGUUCUUAAUGAUGAUUGUCAGACACCACUUGAGGUCGCUAGAGCCAAAGGCUUCAGCAAUGUCGUGCGUGCAAUUGAGAGUCACAUCUGCUUGUUCUCUGGUUGGAUGCGUGAGUUUUACGGCCCUACCUUUCUUGAUUUAUUUGCUCCUCAGCUUCUUUCAAGAAGAGUAUGGGUAGUCAUCGUACCAACUGGUUCAAGAAACCCUACAAAGCCUUUCAAGUUGGAGCUUGUUGUAUAUGCUAGUCUGCAGGACGCACAGCCACGCACGGUGAUGCCUUUGUGGAAAGCAAAUUUGGAGGAACCAAAAGGGAAGCAGUCUGAUACUUCAGUGAUGAUUGUUGAUAACUCCGCAAUCCCAAGCCGCAGGAGGCAAAGAAGAAGGGCCUGCGCCUCCCAUGGGAGACGUAGGCCUCAAGUAGUUAGGCAAGCACGUCUUAAACUCGCACCAUCGAUUGAAGGUGACGCACAACAGCUUAAGUGGUUUUGUGAUGCAUGUAAAGGAAUUCCACAGCCAUUGCAUCCCCCUGUCUUUCUCCAAACUGCACCAUCUGCGCCACCACUACAUUCUGCUAUGAGUGACACACCAAAUAUCAGUCACCAUUCCAUCGGUCAAGCAAGUUCAUCAACUGCACCUCCUCCUCCUUCAGGGAAGGCAAGCACGUCAGGUCUCAAUAGCCAUGAAAGUGUUAUUGUCCAAGAAGCUUCACCAUCAGCUCCUCCAUUGACUGAUCACGAUGAUAUAGGAACCGUAGAGGACGGUCCGAUUCAUUACCCAUCAAUCGAUGCAACACCUGUCGAGGUUCCAACUCCUUCUACUCUACCAGCUUCAACAGAUGGUGAAAAGAAAGAAGACGGGAGCUCUGGACAGUGUGCGAUAUGUCUCGACGCUCCAUCUGAAGCAGUUUGUGUCCCGUGUGGACAUGUUGCUGGAUGCAUGUCUUGCUUGACAGAGAUCAAAUCCAAGAAAUGGGGAUGUCCUGUUUGUCGCGCGAAGAUCGAUCAGAUCAUUAAACUGUACCGUGUCUGAAAGGUACAGGGAUUUGUCUCCUCUCCUUCAUUGUGUUGUGAGAUCAAAGUUUUUCAACCAUUGAAACUAUCUUUGUCUAUUGCUAAAACAAAAUCAAAAUAUCAUAUUCUGUGUUAAAAAGAUGCUAAAACAAUAUGUUGAUAAUUCGAACUUUAAAGAAACAGUUCCUGUGUUUUGUAUAUACGGUUUUGGACAAAAGGAUGAAUGUAAAGAAUGUUUAUACAUUA